CCGGCUGGUUUGGUUGGCUUUGGUGCUUCUCUGCCUUCUGUCUGCAGGUAAGGGCCUCCUGGAAGAUGAGCGUCAGCGGGCCGGCUCAAGCAGAACUCUGGGGGUCCCAAGAGCUUUCGGGUAUGCAAGAGAGGAAGGAGUGAUUGGUCUCGACUCAAGCACAUCCCUCCCACCGGCCACAGUCAAGAGCCAGGGUGCACAGCGCCGUAGUCGCCACUGGAGGGGCGCUAAUGAAGAGAGGAUGACAGGAGAGGAAGAGAACUACAAGUCCCAGCAUGCAGUGCGCAGCGCGGCUUCCGCAGAGGCCGGCUGUGCAGUGGAGCCGGGGGUCGGCCCAGAUGCUGCGGGCUGACCAGGUGAGCGUCUGGCGUAGGAUGUGAGUGAACACUGGAAGUGUGCCCCGGCGGCCGGGCAUGCCGGGACGGUAGGCCUCUGAGAACCAGCUCGCCCGCCCUGGCGGACCUCUGGAGCCCGUGUCCACCCCGGACCGUACGUCCGGACGUGACGCCGCAGCGGAGGAGGAAGGGAGAGGCGGGGCGCCGCGGUGACGUCCUCCCAAGAUGGCGGCGAGAGAGUGAAGAAACUGUUUCCCUUGGGCGGCUACCGAUCAAGGGUAAAAUUCUGAUACCAAAAUGCAGUAUUGGCACCACUGUGAGCGCCUUUUAGAGAGACUGAACAAACAGCGGGAAGCGGGCUUUCUCUGUGACUGUACCGUAGUGAUUGGAGACUUCCAGUUUAAGGCGCACAGGAAUGUGCUUGCCUCCUUUAGUGAGUAUUUUGGUGCGAUCUACAGAAGCACUUCUGAGAACAAUGUUUUUCUUGAUCAGAGUCAGGUGAAGGCUGACGGAUUUCAGAAACUGUUGGAGUUUAUAUAUACAGGAACUUUAAAUCUUGACAGCUGGAAUGUUAAAGAAAUUCAUCAGGCUGCUGACUAUCUCAAAGUAGAAGAGGUAGUUACUAAGUGUAAAAUAAAGAUGGAAGACUUUGCUUUUAUUGCUAGUCCCUCUUCUACAGAAAUAUCUAGUAUUACUGGAAAUAUUGAAUUGAAUCAACAGACCUGUCUUCUAACUCUUCGCGAUUAUAACAAUCGGGAGAAGUCAGAAGUAUCCACAGACUUAGUUCAGGCAAAUCCUAAACAACGGGUAUUGGCAAAGAAAUCGUCUCAAAGUAAAAAGAAGAAAAAGGCUUUCAAUCCACAGAAACCAGGACAGAAUAAAGCAGCGCAAUACCCCAGUGAUGUUUUAGAGAGUGCGCCUGUGGAGCUGUUCCUAGAUACAGGUAAGUUGUCCUCUCCUGGAGACGAACAAGCUGUCCAGGGAAAUGAUAAUUCAGAACUCGAGUUGACCUCAGUUGUGGAAAAUACUUUUCCAGCACAAGAUAUUGUGCAAACUGUUACAGUCAAACGGAAACGCGGCAAGUCACAGUCACACUGUGCUCUGAAAGAACACUCCAUGUCUAACAUAGCCAGUGUGAAGAGUCCCUAUGAACUGGAGAACACUGGCGAAGAGCUGGAUCAGCGGUAUUCCAAGGCCAAGCCAAUGUGCAACACGUGCGGGAAGGUGUUUUCAGAAGCCAGCAGCUUGAGAAGGCACAUGAGAAUACAUAAAGGUGUCAAACCCUACGUCUGCCACUUGUGUGGAAAGGCUUUUACUCAGUGUAACCAGCUGAAAACACAUGUAAGAACUCAUACAGGGGAAAGGCCAUACAAAUGUGAACUGUGCGAUAAGGGAUUUGCUCAGAAAUGCCAGCUGGUCUUCCACAGUCGCAUGCAUCAUGGUGAGGAAAAACCCUAUAAAUGUGAUGUGUGCAAUUUACAGUUUGCAACUUCUAGCAAUCUCAAGAUUCAUGCAAGGAAGCACAGUGGAGAGAAGCCAUACGUGUGCGAUAGAUGUGGGCAGAGAUUUGCCCAAGCCAGCACACUGACCUACCAUGUCCGUAGGCACACUGGAGAAAAGCCUUAUGUGUGUGACACCUGUGGAAAGGCAUUUGCGGUCUCUAGUUCUCUUAUUACUCAUUCUCGGAAACAUACAGGUGAAAAACCAUACAUAUGUGGUAUUUGUGGGAAAAGUUUUAUUUCCUCAGGAGAGCUCAACAAACACUUUCGAUCCCAUACAGGAGAACGGCCAUUUAUCUGCGAAUUAUGUGGAAAUUCUUACACAGACAUUAAAAAUUUGAAGAAGCACAAAGCAAAGGUCCAUUCUGGUGCAGAUAAAACUCCAGAUGGCAAUGUAGAAGAAGGCCAUGCUUUACGUGAACAGGAUCCCACACAAAGAAGUCCUUUGUCAGAAACUCUAGACGUGAAGCCUUCAGAGAUGACUCUCCCCUUAGCGCUUCCACUGGGAACUGAAGACCAUAUGCUUCUGCCUGUCACAGACAGUCAUUCUCCAACGUCUGACACACUGUUGAGGGCAACUGGGAAUGGAUAUUCAGAGCCACAGUUGAUUUUUUUACAACAAUUAUAUUGACUUUGAGAGCGUGGAACUGCUCAGACAUCCCUGGUAGUAAACAUAAACAUCUUGAUAAUGUGCAUAUUCAUAUUACUCCCCAUUCUUUUGAGCUGUGUGGCCAUCAUGUUAUGUGUAGAAGUAAAAGCACCUGACCCUGCAUCCCUCAGUGCUCAUGUUGGUGUUGGCUCUCAUUGUAAACAGCCUUUCAGGGAGAGACUUCCACUGUGGCAGCACUGUUUUGGGUGGUAAGUUUUAGACACUGUUAAAGCUGCCUUAAUUCCAUUCUUAUUUUUGACUUCUUUGUUCCUGAGGUAAAAUCUGACCUGUGGAUUUUUUUUUAUUGUUCUUUCCUAACUGUUUAAGCAAAAUCUACAGUACUAUCAACUUCAAAGUGUUUCUGUUUGUAAACCCUGUGGACCAGUACAUAAACUGUUGGGGGGGGGGUUAAAUUUCAUAUUUAUACCUAUGAAAAUUUAGAUACUAAGGAAGAAUUGUGCUAUUUAUUAAUAUAUUCCUUUAGAGGUAACUUUUCUAAUAGAGCCAAAAAAAGUAUUUCUCUUAAAACUCAGAAAAAUGUAUGUACAUUUUUGUUCAUUUAGAAUGAACUUAGUACUCUGGACAAAGCCAAUAGUCAAAUCAGUUUUUGUUUUGAGUUGAGACUAUAUUUUUUUAAAUAGAUAUUUGGUGUUUUUAAGUGGUCAAAAGACGGUUUUGAAAUUUGAUUCAUUUUAUAUUUUAUUAGAUUUGUAGAUUAUUGGAAGUGAAUAUAUAACAAGUUUGAAAAUUUUGAUAAGCCUAUCUUUUAUCGGAUAUGCACUUUUUAAAAUAAAUGUUCUAAAAAGAAUUUUCUAGAUAUAAAACACAUACUAGAAAUCACUUGGCUUCUCAAUUUGAUAUUAUUGCAUAGAAAAAUCAAGAAACUUGAGUAGCUUGCCUAAAGCAACAUACACACACACAAAUAGGAUUACUAUCCUAACUUCAAUUAUAAGCUACACUUUUUGAUUAUCGGUUUAUUUACCAUUUUAUAUUUGAGUUUUCUACAAGUAUGGGCUUUUAAAUUUUAUAAAUCAAACUACAACUUUUGGUUGUUGGCUCUAGCUUCAUAGUGGUCCUCUCAUUCCAGGAGGACGUAGAGAAUUCAGUGUCGCCCCAUCCCAGACGCUUGCUGCCACUUUCCUUCAUGUUAAUUAUUUCACUGCCUCACCCUUGUAUUUUAAAUUACAGUUUCAGAAGGUUAGUUCCCGUAGUGCUGAUAAAAACCGCAGCUAUUUCUCAUUUCUGCCAUGAGUUAGUUAUGCUUACUUGUUUUCAUGAUUUAAACUACACUGAAAUAAAUUCAGUAUGUUUACCAAUAUUGAAUUCUUUAGUCAUAAUUCCCUGUUUGGGUCCAAGUCUCAGAAAUGAGAAAGACAUAAUCAAAACACUCAGUUCUUAUAGACUGAAGCAGCAAUACCUUUUCUAGAGCAUCCAGCGUUUUCACAGUAAAUCACCACCAGCGAACAGACUUAACUGGGGAGGGUGAAAUAACCACCUUGGGUAAUGAACUUACUAGUUUACUGUUAGCUCAGAAAUCUGUGUGUGUGUUAAAUGAGCAUUCCGAGUUUGAAUAAAAUUUGUAAGGUUA